ACAUGUUGUUGAUUUAAGCAAAAAAAAAACAAAAGUUCCAAUGCAAAUACAAUAUUUUAAAAUCAUUAUAAUUGAACUAAUACGCUAACUAAACACACGCUGGUCAUCAUUAUUAUUCUAUUUAAACAGAGAUGUUGAUUAAGGAGUAUCACAUCCCACUGCCACUUACAGUGGAGGAGUAUCGUAUAGCCCAGCUGUAUAUGAUAGCGAAAAAAAGUCGCGAAGAAAGUCAUGGCGAAGGCAGUGGAGUUGAAAUUAUUAUAAAUGAACCCUACGAUGAUGGACCUGGUGGUAAAGGACAAUACACAAAAAAGAUCUAUCAUGUAGGCAGUCAUUUGCCAGGCUGGAUUAAAAGUCUGCUGCCUAAAAGUGCUUUAACAGUGGAAGAAGAAGCCUGGAAUGCUUAUCCCUACACACGUACACGCUACACAUGUCCAUUUGUAGAAAAAUUCUCCCUAGAUAUAGAAACAUACUAUUUUCCCGACAAUGGCUACCAGGAAAAUGUCUUCAAAUUGACUGGCAGUGAGCUAAGAAAUAGGGAAGUGGACUGCAUUGAUAUUGUCAAGGAUCAAUUGUUUGGCGGUGACUAUGUCAAAGAAGAGGAUCCAAAAUUGUUUGUGUCGGAGAAAACGGGCCGAGGCCCCUUGGGCGAAGAGUGGUUGGAAGAGUACUGGCGUGAAGUUAAGGGCAAAAAACAACCCACAUCCCGUAAUAUGUCCUUGAUGUGUGCCUAUAAAAUCUGUCGUGUGGAAUUCCGUUAUUGGGGCAUGCAAACUAAAUUGGAGAAAUUCAUACACGAUGUAGCUCUAAGAAAAACUAUGCUGAGAGCUCAUCGUCAAGCCUGGGCCUGGCAGGAUGAAUGGCAUGGUCUAACCAUUGAAGAUAUUCGUGAAAUUGAAAGACAAACCCAAUUAGCAUUAGCACGUAAAAUGGGUGGUGGUGAUUUGAGUGGCGAAGAAGAGGAGGAGGAGGAAGAAGAAAGCAUUUCUGAAGGCCAUUUGGAAUCUCACUCAGCCGACACCGAGGAACGUGUAGUUAAAGAACCUCCUGUUGUUACCGAACAACCACCCAGUGAAGAAGUCUCCUCGGAGGAGGAUGAUGUGCCCGAACAAAAUAAUUCCAGCGAAAGAUCACGUUCUCAAAGUAUACAAAUGAUUAAAUCUAAAUCUGGUUCAAAACCGGGUGGCCUACACUCACCUCUGGGAUCAGCUCAUAGUUUUGAGUUGCAGCAGCAUGCCAAAAAUGCUAAGCGUAAAAACGUGGCUAAUUGGCGUAUGGAACGUUUGGAAGUCGAUUCAAAAUCAAAUUCUGAAGAGGAAUUUUUCGAUUGUGUGGAGAAAAUACCAAUUUCAGAUACAAACGAUAGCAAUUCUUUGGCCAAAUGGAGUUCAUUGGAAUUGUUGGGAGAACCAGACGAUAGUCCACCGCCGCAUAGCAGCGGAGAGGGCAGAAAUAAACAGGAGGACAGUAUAUUCAAUCAAGAUUUCCUAAUGCGCGUGGCCUCGGAACGGGGCAAUAAAAGACAAUUGCGUUCAUCACAAAGUGUGGAGAGAGGUCAUGAAAUAUCACCGCCUGGUUCGCCGGGUGCACCAUCUUGUUCCACCACCAUUUUGAUAUUGGUAGUACAUGCUGGAAGUGUAUUGGAUGCCACCAGUGAAUUGACUUCCAAGAAAUCUGAUGUAACCACAUUUCGUGGUUCUUUUGAGUCUGUUAUGCGUCAACAUUAUCCGAGCCUAUUAACUCAUGUCACCAUUAAAAUGGUGCCAUGUCCAUCCAUUUGUACCGAUGCUCUAGGCAUUCUUUCUAGCCUAAGUCCAUACUCAUUUGAUUCUUCGCCCUCUGCGGAUAUACCCAAUAUAGCGGAUGUUCCUAUUGGCGCCAUACCCUUGCUGGCCGUCUCAUCACCAGAAUUCCAGGACACCGUCAAUAAAACCGUACAGGCAGCAAAUAUUGUCUACCAUGAAUUUCUUAAAUCCGAGGAGGGUCAGGGAUUCUCCGGGCAAAUUGUGGUUUUGGGCGAUUCCAUGGGUUCAUUGUUGGCCUACGAGGCCUUGUGUCGCACUAAUGGCAACGAUGGUGGCAGCCGUUCUUCACGCAACACUGAUGAUGAUGAGCGUUUUGAUGACUCUGAAUUGGAUGCCAAACGUUUAUUGGUGGCGCCCUCACCACGCAGAAGACGUUCCUCCUCUUCGAGUGAUUCGAAACAUGCAAAACUAGAAUUUGAAGUGGGUGAUUUUUUUAUGUUUGGUUCCCCACUAUCAAUAGUUUUGGCAGCUAAAAAGUUACAUGAUUCAAAAACUGCUCUUCAACGUCCCAACUGUAAUCAGGUUUAUAAUAUGUUCCAUCCUACCGAUCCAACGGCUUCCCGUUUAGAACCUUUACUAAGUGCCAGAUUUUCCAUGCUGGCGCCGGUCAAUGUGCCACGUUAUGCCAAAUAUCCACUAGGGAAUGGUCAGCCAUUGCAUUUAUUGGAGGUCAUCCAAUCGAAUCCCCAACAUUUUAAUGAAUCCAACAACAUGAUGUGUGGUCGCCGAUUGUCGGAUGCUUCCAUGCAAAGUACAGUAUCGGGUCUUAUAGAAAAUGUAUCAUUAAGUACCAUAAAUUCAUUACAAAUGAAAUGGUGGGGUACGAAACGUUUAGAUUAUGCCAUGUAUUGUCCAGAAGGUUUAAGUAAUUUUCCAGCCAAUGCUUUGCCCCACUUAUUCCAUGCCAGCUACUGGGAAAGUGCAGAUGUUAUAGCAUUUAUAUUAAGACAAAUUGGUAAAUUUGAAGGCAUUCCAUAUGUUACAUCCAUGGACAAUAAAGAAACUGUCCACUUUAAUCCCGGCCAACCCAGAGAGAAGUGGAUACGCAAACGUACUUCGGUGAAAUUGAAAAAUGUGGCAGCCAAUCAUCGUGCCAAUGAUGUGAUAGUAUUGGAAGGUCGUGAACAAAGACUAAAUGCUCGUUUCAUGUAUGGUCCCUUGGAUAUGAUCACUUUGCAUGGCGAAAAAGUUGAUAUACACAUAAUGAAAGAUCCACCUGCUGGCGAGUGGAGUUUUCUCAGCACCGAAGUGACCGAUAAAACUGGUCGCAUUUCCUACAGCAUUCCCGAUCAUGUGGCAUUCGGUUAUGGCAUUUAUCCCAUUAAAAUGGUAGUGAGGGGAGAUCACACCUCAGUGGACUGUUAUUUGGCUGUGGUGCCGCCCUUAACCGAAUGUGUAGUCUUUAGUAUAGAUGGCUCAUUUACCGCCUCCAUGUCGGUGACUGGACGUGAUCCCAAAGUUAGAGCUGGGGCAGUAGAUGUUUGCCGUCAUUGGCAGGAGUUGGGCUAUUUGUUGAUCUACAUAACAGGUAGACCGGACAUGCAGCAGCAACGUGUUGUUUCCUGGUUGAGUCAGCAUAAUUUUCCCCAUGGUCUUAUAUCAUUUGCCGAUGGUCUUUCCACUGAUCCGUUGGGUCACAAAACCGCCUAUCUAAAUAAUAUGGUGCAAAAUCAUGGAAUCUCAAUAAUGGCCGCUUACGGCAGCAGUAAAGAUAUCAGUGUUUAUACCAAUGUCGGCUUAAGAGCAGAUCAGAUAUUUAUAGUGGGCAAGGUCAGCAAAAAAUUGCAAACCAAUGCCACUGUGUUGAAUGAAGGUUAUGCCGCUCAUUUAUCGGCUUUGCAAGCUAUGGGCGGCUCUCGUCCCGCCAAAGGCAAUGCUCGCAUGGUUAUACCACGAGGUUGUUUCAAUUUACCGGGUCAAACUACUAAUCCCCGUCGUAGAAGACUGCAUGAGCAACAGGACGCUUAAACCUGCAAAUAUUGAAGUCCGCCAUCAUAUGAAAAGGCAAGCCGAGUUGUUUAUCCAGAAAAAUUAUUUUUCUUCUUCUUAUUUUUAGUAUUUAUAAUAAAUGUUGUCAAGCAAAAGAGCAAAAAAAACUUAAAUUUAAAGAAAAUAUAAAGUAGAACAAUCA